AUGCCGGAUCCUCCAAGUUGGAACAUGAGAUUGAUAAGCGGACGAGGCGGAUCGGGAGAGGGAGGAGAGCGAGGUGGUUCGGGAAUAUACGAUAGGGAGAGAGGGGAAGAAGAGGGAGAGAAGAGGAAGAGAAGAGGAAGAGAAGAGGAAGGUGAAGAGAAAGGCCUGAAGAAGAAGACAAGGAAAAUGAGGAUGUUGCGGAUGAGUGAUGGUGAUGAGAGAUGGAGCGUAAAGAGGGAAGAGGGAGAGAGGGAGAGAGGAGGAGAAGAAGAAGAAGGAGACGUAGAAGUAGAAGAGCAGAAGGGGGAUGACGCUGAGGAUCCGGGGAAGGAGUUAACUAACUAG